AUGUCCAACACCGAUCGAUUCUACGCCAUGUCAUACGAAGAUGCAUCUCUGGGAGACUCUCCUGCUUCUCCUGUUUCUGGAGCCAGCACUCGCUCACUCCCGCGGCAGGACCGUGCUAAGGUCGAUGUUGCACCCUCGCAUGAUCCAGCAGCCGCGAGUGCACUCGCAGCAUUCGACGUGGAAUCUGAGGACAAUUAUCGACCGAGGACACUCAAGUUCCAUGUGGUCAUGUUAGGCUUGUACCUCGCAAUAUUUCUCGUGGCUUUGGAUCGUACAAUCAUUUCUGUGGCCAUCCCGGAGAUUACGGAUACGUUCAACUCAAUUGGUGAUGUUGGCUGGUAUGGUAGUGCCUACAUGAUUACUGGGGCUGCCUUCAGCCUAAUGUUCGGAAAGAUCUAUAGACACUACUCGAUCAAAACAGUAUUCUUGGGCUCGAUCGUCUGCUUCGAAGUGGGAUCAGCCAUCUGUGGUGCCGCCCCAACCUCCGUUGCGUUGAUCAUUGGCCGUGCUAUCGCCGGUCUUGGAUCGGCGGGAAUUUUUACUGGAGGGAUGAUGGUAAUAGUGCCUCUGAUUCCCCUUCACAAGCGCCCGGUGUACUAUGGCUUUUUCGGGGCAGUUUUUGGCAUUGCUUCUCUCUUGGGGCCGUUCUUAGGUGGAGUAUUCACCGACCACCUUUCCUGGAGAUGGUGCUUCUACAUCAAUCUGCCCGUCGGUGCAUUCACAAUCAUGUCGAUCAUUUUAUUCCUCCAUAUCAAAACCCAGCCUACUGAACAGCUUACCCUGAUCCAGCAUCUUGUCCGACUCGACCCAAUUGCGACACUCGUCUUCGUGCCCAGUAUUGUGUGCUUAGUUCUGGGACUACAGUGGGGCGGCACCAAGUAUGCUUGGUCGGAUUCGAAAGUCAUCGGCCUUCUGGUGGCGAGCGGCAUUCUCUUUGUAGGGUUUUGGGUUCUCCAAGUUCUCCUGCCUCACAACGCCACCGUCCCGAUGCGUAUUGUCAAACAAAGAUCGGUGCUAGGUGGCGUUAUAUUCCUCUUCUUACUGAAUGGCAGUCUCUUUACCAUUGUGUAUUUUCUGCCCAUCUGGUUUGAAGCUGUCAGGUCUGAAACAGCUACUCAUGCCGGCGUGAGCAUGUUGCCGCUAGUCAUAAGCCUUGUGGUUAUGAGUAUUAUUGCGGGUGGGUUCACUCAACGUGUGGGCUACUAUAUGCCGCCCAUUCUGACUUCACCUGUGCUCACCACAGUGGGAGCCGCACUUCUUACGGAGUUGAAGACGACAACAAUCAGUUCUAAGUGGAUUGGCUACCAAGUCCUAUAUGGCUUCGGAACAGGCAUGGCCAUGCAAACCACCAGCAUGGCUGCUCAGACUGUGCUGGAAAGAAGCGACAUCAGCAUUGGCAUGGCCUUGAAUUUUUUCGGGCAAAAUCUUGGCGGUGCCAUUUUUGUCCCAGUUGCGCAGACUAUAUUCGAGGGGAUGCUUAACAAGAAGAUAUCUGCGAUCCCAGGUCUCAACGCUGCAAACCUUGGAAACACCGGUGUACUCAAACUGAAAGAGAUAGUUCCACCACCGCUCAUUCCUGAGGUUCAAACGGCCUUCAACAGCAGUGUGACUCGGUGCCUCUUUGUCUCGGUUGCAUUGAGUGCCGCCAGCAUUCUGCCAGCACUGAUCAUGGAGUGGAGGAACAUCAAAGAAGGGACCGAGGUGAAGGCUAUCAGAGAUGCCGAACUGGCCGGACCAAUAGAGCAGUCUCCCGAUUCCUUGCUCAUUGAAAACCAGAGCGAAAUCACGAUGGAGAAGAAAAUUGAUACAAAGAGGGGUUCGGUGCUGAAAGCCGAAUACUGGAAACCGGCCAUUGAAAAGGAGGCAGGAUACCUGAAACCUGCAGGCGAGAGCAACGAGAAGAUAUUGGAUCGACGAUGA